UUUGCUUCUAAAAUGGCUGCUUGCUAAAGGGUGUGGUUAAAAACAGAAAAGCGGCUGGUGUUUUGCAAACGGCAUUCCCUGUGCUGUGGCAUGUCCGACCCAAUAAAAUCAUAAUGACUCUUCCUGGCUAAAAGUAGUGAAGGCGUUUGAUUUACUGAUUUAAAUGUGAACAGUUGUUUCAGCAGUUAUUCGGGAGAAAUAAACAAUUUGUGGCACCUUUUAAUUUUCUUUGCCUGUUCGAAUCUAGACUGCAUUAUCAGUGAAUAUUUUUUUUAAUGUGUAGGAAGCAUUAAGUUAGCAGUUGCCCCUGUGAUAUUUAUUUCCGUCAGGACUCCAGGCAGCCAUUUCAUACUGUAAUGUCACAAAUCUUUAUUGCAAUUGGCUUUCCCAGAGAUCACAGCAACUUGCGAGGAGAAAAAAACCUGGCUUUUUUUAGAUACGAUUCAGAAGGUGCAGCCUUUUUGAAAGAAGAGUUUAAAGUGCUGUUUUUGGGUGUAAAACCCUGAAAUAAUGUGGCACCAGCGAAGGGAAAGACUGGCCAGUAUGUGCUGCAGUACAGGUUUCCAUAGCUGUACGUGGGGUGGCUGGAACCGGCUGGAACUGGUUUGAAGCUGAUCAGCUCAUGAACAAUGCAGCCACUGAGCUACAUUGCUUCCUCCUUCAUGGCAGCAAUACAAGAAGCUUGCAGAAAGGUACCAUCCAAAACAGCAUGAUUGCACCCUAGACACACUAUUCUGCUGCCACGAUUUUGGAUGGACUUUUCAUCUCCUUUUGAUGGAUACUAGAGCACAGAAAAUGCCGACAGUUCUUGGUUACAGCUCAGUGGCAGCAGAGGCCUAGUUCAGGACAAAGGAAAUAUUGUCAUCCAAGACGCCCACUCCUGGGCCUACUCUUGAGUUACAGCAUGACAUUGACAAGGACUGGAUGCUGCCUGACCUAUUUUCCAUAAAGGAAACACAGUUGCUACAUGGUGCACUGAACAGUGGAAUUAAGAUUUCUUAAGAUUGAUACCUGGCUUCUGCAGUCUGACAAUCUUAGCUGGUGUGCUGCUGGGAUGAUGAUACUGACGGGAUAGAAAACAACUGAGCAGCAGCACUGUAUUCACCCAUACAUACUUCUCCAGCAUACUGUUUUCUUUGCACCCAGAUAUUCAAAUGCUCUUGGGAGUGGCCUUCAAAGCUCAAUCCUUCAUCCAGAAUGCUGCUGGCUAUUUAUCAAACUGCACCAAUUCAUGACAUCUCCAUUACUUGCAAUUGUAUUGACUCCUAACCCCAACGUGUUUGUCUUCCAACGUUCACCUUUACGUUCAGAGUCCUCAGUGGGUUUGACACCCUGUUCUGUGUUGUGUGUCAUGGGCCCCACCCGAGAAGGAAUCGAGGCCAGGGUUAUAAUUUGAAACCAGCUUUGUAAAUUGAUGAUCAUGGGAGAUAUGAAAACCCCAGACUUCGAUGACCUGCUUGCUGCUUUUGACAUUCCAGAUAUGCAGGUUGAUCCCAAAGCAGCAAUUGAAUCUGCGCAUGAUGAAAGUGAAGGACAGCUGAAACAAAAUAUACCCGCGGACGAUGAUGCUCAGGUUCCCCUGGCCCCCGAUGGGGUAGUAAGUGUUAUUGUGAAGAACAUCCGAACUCUGGACUCGUGUGAGACUGCAGCUACAGCAACAGAAACCCCUGCUCUUGAUAAAGAAAAUCAUAGUUCUUCAGGAAAUGGCUUGCACAAUGGCUUCCUGAGUGUCUCGGCUUUGGAUGGGUAUUCUAAAGAUUCAAACAGCAAGUCGGUCACGAGCGAAGGGGCACCGGUGGCUGAAGCUAAGGUAGACUUGUCCAGACCUGACGGCAAUGAGGCCCCUGAACCCGAACUCAAAGACUCAGCCUUCAGCCAGUUCAGUCCUAUUUCUAGUGCAGAGGAGUUUGAGGACGACGAUAAAAUAGAAGUUGACGAUCCUCCAAUCGUCAAGAAGGAAAGCCAACCAGCUUUUCAAGCAAACAUGCUUCCAAGUCCACCUGCAGAGCGGGAAUGUGAGAAAACAAAGAAGCCAGGAGGGGAAAACACAGUCAAACCAGAAGUGUCAACCCUGGAUGAUGAACAAAAGAGUAAGAUAAUGAAAAGCAACAGAGAGAGUGAAGGCUCCAGUGUUAACCCGGGGACUCUUGAGACAUUAAAACCACGAAAUGUGGAUGAGAAAUUGUCUGAUGAGGAUGCUGAAAAGAGCUUUAAGAAUUCCUCUGAGAAGCCACUGGACAAUAGAACCCCUGAUGGCAAGAAUGCUGAGAAAACUGGAGUGACUGUUGCAUGCUCUUCAAAUCUUCGGGCCAAGUCCUCGUCCAAACUUUCCUCCUGUAUUGCAGCAAUUGCUGCUUUGAAUGCUAAAAAGGCAGCGGCUGACACCGUCAAGGAAACACAGCCAGUCUCAAGGGACCCUUCUCCGGUUUUAAGAGAAUCUAGAGAAAGCCCAAUAGUCACUGAGAAAUCUCCUCCUGAGGGCCCUCACAGCCCAAUGGAAGUGGUGAAGAAAGUUGUUGUCAAGCAGUCUGAUAGCCCCCGGAGUGUGUCCAGUGAAUGUAGUAUGAAAGGGUCCCCUUCUUCUCCUGCUAGCUCGCCGCCUGCCAUUCCCAAGGUCCGCAUCAAGACUAUCAAAACGUCCUCUGGUGAAAUUACCAGAAUGGUGACCAGAAUCAUGCCAGAGGUUGAGCAAGAAUUUGGUAGAAGAGGACAAGAUCAGGCAAACUCCAUGGUUGUCUCAUCACUUUUGUCAUCUCUUCCCGGAGAGUCUUCUAUGUCUUUGCCUCCAUCAACACCGAUCCAGUCAGCGCUCGUUACAGCUUCAGGUGUAGUAAAUUCUUCUGACGUUGUACAAAAACAGAUUACAAUUAAACCUAUAGCUACUGCUUUCCUUCCAGUGUCUACUGUAAAGACUGCAGGAUCCCAGGUGAUCAACCUGAAGUUUGCUAACAACACUACAGUCAAAGCCACUGUAAUCUCUGCUGCCUCCGUUCAGAGUGCCAGCAGUGCCAUCUUGAAGGCUGCCAAUGCCAUGCAGCAGCAAACUGUGGUGGUGCCAGCCUCCAGCCUUGUAAAUGCUAAACUCAUGCCAAAGACUGUCCAUCUUGCUAACCUGAACCUUCUGCCCCAGUCUGUCCAAACAACAUCUGAACUCUGUCAGGUGCUUUCCAAAUCUCAACAGUCCAUUAAGCAGACACUAAUCACCACUUCUUCCACCCAACCUGCUAAAAAAGUAUCAAGGGUUCAUGUGGUGGCCCAUUCCCAGAAUGCAGUGGUGGAGACAUUCAACAAGGUCCUGAGCAGUGUAAAUCCAGUCCCUAUCUACAUGCCUAACCUUACUCCUCCAACUAAUGCUAAUAUUACCAUACCGCUUCGUGGUUACAAGUGCUUGGAAUGCGGGGACUCCUUUGCUUUGGAGAAGAGUUUGGCGCAACAUUAUGAUCGGAGGAGUGUGCGGAUUGAAGUAACCUGCAACCACUGUGCAAAGAACUUGGUCUUUUUCAACAAAUGCAGUCUUCUAUCUCAUGCUCGAGGCCACAAGGACAAAGGUGUGGUGAUGCAGUGCUCCCAUCUGAUCAUGAAACCCAUUCCUGCAGAUCAGAUGAUUGUUCCUAUUUCCAGUUCUAGCGUUUCUUCAACGACUACUAUAUCUGCACCCAUCUUGACAAUGGCAGGCAGUGCUUUGAGUGCUGCUGCAAAAACUGUUGCAAGCAUAGCCAGUGCUGUAAUCUCUGCUCCUGCCAGCUCUCCCAUUCUCCCAGCUAUGCCUCUUGAUGAAGAUCCGUCAAAACUUUCCCGACAUGGCAUGAAGUGCUUGGAGUGCAGUGAGACAUUCCUGGAUGAAAUGUUGCUUGCCACACACUUCCAGAGUGCUGCAGAAGCAGGAGGGCAGACUUGUCAGAUCUGCCAGAUGUUACUUCCCAACAAGUGCAGCUUUUCAUCGCACCUACGAAUACAUCAGCACAAAUCUCCAUACACAUGCCCAGAAUGUGGAGCGAUAUGCAGAUCCUCGCACUUUCAGACUCACGUCACCAGGAACUGCCUGCACUACACUCGCAAAGUGGGAUACCGCUGUAUACACUGUGGUGUUGUCUAUGCUGACCUAACUGCACUCAAGUCUCACAUCCAGGUUGCCCACUGUGAAAUCUUCUAUAAGUGCCCAAUCUGCCCUAUGGCUUUCAAGUCGGCACCGAGUACUCAUUCACAUGCCUACACACAGCACCCAGGCAUCAAAAUAGGAGAAGCCAAAAUAAUCUACAAAUGUUCCAUGUGUGACACUGUGUUUACACAGCAAACCUUGUUAUGCAGCCAUUUUGAUCAGCAUGUUGCUAAGCAGAAAGUUUCUGUCUUCAACUGUCCAGAUUGUGCAUUGCUAUAUGCGCAGAAACAGCUCAUGGUGGAACACAUUAAGUCCAUGCAUGGAACAUUGAAGAGUAUUGAAGGUCCUCCAAACCUGGGGCCUCAGCAGCCAUUGGUCACAAAGCCAUUAAGUACAUCAGCUGGGCAGAAGAAAGCUGAUGGGAAUGCAGUUAAUGGCACUGACCGACUUGGGAAGAAAGCACCAGUCGUAAGGAAAACUGGGAGUCGGUCAAAAGCAAAUAACCUUGGAUGGAUGUGUCAAGACUGUGAGGAAUGGUUUCCUGAACGAGAGGACUACAUUUCUCAUAUGAAGAAAGAACAUGAUAAGCAAAUGAAGAAGCAUCCAUGUCGUCAAUGUGAGAAAUCGUUUAGCUCCUCACACAGUCUGUGUCGACAUAAUCGCAUCAAGCACAAAGGCAUCCGGAAAGUCUACACAUGCCGGAAUUGUCCUGAUUCUAAGCGUACAUUCACCAAACGGUUUAUGUUAGAAAAGCACAUUCGACUCAUGCAUGGCAUUAAAAAUCCUGAUGUGUCACAGAUGACAGAGUCAACAAUCAUAACAGGAUCUCCAAAGAAAGAAGAUAACCAGAUUAUGAUGCCACCGAAGAGGAAGACAGAAGAUGAAGUGGCGGCGAUCCGGCCUUCUCCCAGGGGAGCCAUCACACAGCCGUUGAAGAAACUGAAAAUUAAUGUCAUCAAACUCAAUAAAUGUGCCGUGUGCGGCUUCACCACAGAGAACGUGACUCAGUUCCAAGAACAUCUCCCCCAGCACAAAACUGAUGGCACAACCUUUCAGUGCAGGGAGUGUGGCCUCUGCUAUACCUCUCUCCAGUCCCUAACCAGACACUUGUUCAUUGUUCACAAGAUGAAGAAUGCACAACAAGUUGCCAGGCAAAACGGUGCCCGGGAGGAGAACACAGCGGACUACAAAAUGAGCCAGGAAGAGAGUCAGGCUGAAAUGAUGAUGACGGGCAAAAAGUGCAAAGUUUGCUCCAAAACAUUUGAAACUGAAGCUGCCUUGAACACACACAUGCGAACACAUGGCAUGGCCUUCAUUAAGUCCAAGCGCCUGUGUACAUCAGAGAAAUGAGGAGCAUUCUCACACAAUAUAAUAUCAGACAGUCGAGGUAACUCCACGCAGAACAGACUGCAUCAGUUGAGGCAAACUCUGCCUUAUUGCAGCUUUUACUUGUGUCAUUGGAAUGUCACGUGAAUCCCUCAAACACCUCACCCAUAUAGACUGUUGCUUGUCAUGGCCAGCAUCACUUUUCAGCCGUAGUUUGAUUAAAAGUAAUACUUAAGAUUUGAAAGUGUAUGUUUUUUUGUACAAUUGCUAUACAUAUUUCCUUUUUUAAUACAAAAUAAUAUGAGAACUUUCUUAUCACCACAAAUCCAAUUAUUUUUUGUUAUCAUGAAGUGAGUUGUUCUUCCACAAUGAGAAGCUAAAAAUAUUCACGGAAGUCAUUUUAUAUAUAAGGGAAAAGUAGAAUCUUAAGUAACAGGUUAUUGCUGAAAUGUUAUUACUCAUCCAUUAGUUGGUUUAACUGAGCACUGCCUUUUAAAGAUACAAAGUUGACUUCUGUUGGGCCAAAUUAAACAGGGUUUCAUUGCAACACCGCUGUCCUUUGGUAAGUUCAAUUGUGUGAUACAUGAAGAAAAAUAAUUUGUGGAUAUAAUCUCCAGGAAGUAUGUGUUUGUUGAUGAAUGAUCUAAAACCACAAGGAUUCAAGGAUGUGUUGACAACUUGAUCUAAUAGUGUGUGUGAUUGUUCUUGCACUAAUGUAUGAGUAUCCAUGAGAUGAUUUUAAUUUCUGAAGCAAAUGAGUACUUAACUGCAUGGAUAAAAAAUAUUUUUUACAGGAGCCGUACAUUUCUUUUUAAAAUAUUUUGCUUGACCUGUUCAUUCAUAAGACUAUCAUGGAGAGUUGCGGACCAGUGUUAUAUCCAGAACUGUUUCAGUUCCUACUUAUUUUACUUCAAUCUCCCCAAAAAAAUGUUGAACCUCAAAUUAAAUAUAAUGUGCAUGAACCAUAAUAUAUGAUGAAGAAGAUUUUAUAAAGAAUGUUGUCCUGUUAGAAGGUAGCUAAACCAAAGCAAUCGUUCAUUUAUAAAAAUAGGUUGUAAAAUGCACUUGCGGACUUUCGGCCAACAACAUAGCAUAAAAAAAUUAAUGGGAGCUAUAUUUAUUAUGUGAGCCUGGAAGACUAUUUGUGGUGCAUCCCUCUUGCACAAAAUGAGGACCCUUCUCCUCUGCAGCAGAACCUAGUUCUCUUAUGGUAUUAUGCUGACUCCUGGUGGUUAAAGUGCAGGAGUACAACUAUUUGUUUUCCAUUGAAUAACCAGGGAUAUGGGAAAGGAAUGACCCCUGAUUUUUAAAAGGUAUUGGAAAUGAUUAAAAAGAAAAUGGACUGGUGUUACUGGGUUACGACUAACAUUUUUCAGAUAACAUUUUUCAGUAUGUGAUGGAAUCCUGCAGGAUUGGCCUUUCAUUUUGUGGAAAUGUUCCUGGCAACCUUUCUAACCACUGAUUUGUAAAUAUUUGGCCAGGCCUGGUAAACUUUAGUCUUUUCCUUCAUAAAGUUUUACUUUAAAUGCAAAAUUAACUGUAAUGUAUUAAUGGCCGCUCUAAGCCUAUUUAAAUUGUAAAGGCAAAAUGAAUGAUGGUAAGUAUACAGCACAUCAAUGUUUGAAUUGUCAAUAAGCAAUUGCUUAUGUUAAUUAUCUCAAUAUUUAAUUUUUAGUGAUUAAAAAUCACUUUUUUCUGGUAAGUGCUUUUUUAAUCAGAAUUGGUUCUUCUGAUUCCAAUCAAAUCUAAUCAGAUUUCAAAUUGUGGAGAGACAGUCGUUCGGUAUAUUUAAAGGUUUUAGAUAUUAAGGGAAUUAAGGAAUAUUGGGUUAACGAUGGAAUGUAAUACUGAAGUAAAAGAUCAGCGAUCGGAAUAAGCAUGAGGGACCAAGUGGUCUACUCCAACUUCUACCUCUGCUUAAUUGUAAUCUUUUGAUGUGUGAUUUCUGCAGGAGAUACUGGAGAGUGCUGUAAUUGAUAUAACUGCAAACUUCUGAAUCUCUAAUGUUUCCUCUGGUCCCUGCGGUUAUAUGGCUCUGACCCAUGUCCUGUGAAGCAUUUUCUUUUGUCCAAUCUGUUUUAGGCUUCCAUGAACCCAGUGAAUCCUUAUUGUGUGCGGUGGGAUGGGUUGAGGAAUUUGAUGUGAGAGACUCUUGCGAUUGUACAGCUCUCUAAAAAAGCAAAGUUUAACAUUUCAAGGGACCUGCCACUAACUAGACUUAAAGGAUGCUUUUUUUUAAAGUGUAUAAAUGAAAGAGAAUGCAUUGCCAUGUAAUCUGAUGCAUAGGUUUACCAUUUUGCUAAGAAAUUAGAAAAGGUCAGGUGCAAUGAGGUGGAAGCAUGCGUGCUGUUCUCUAGAUUGUGGGUUUAACUGUUGUCUGAACUGAUGGGAUCCAAGCUUAUUUCAUUUGUAUAAGUCUUGUGUGAGGUAUGGUCUUUAAUGUGUCAUUAUUGGUGGUUUCGUGGAAAACUAAAAUUGGCCAUUUUUUUCUGCUGUCUAGGUGGCACAAGGAGGUAUAUUAAAUAAGGAUAAAAAGAACCAGAAGAAUUAUUUCAAUGCUUAUAGCUCAUUCGAUUGCAAGUCAGGACUGCUGCCCUGUGAAGAAUAAAAGCAAAAUUUCUAAAAAAAAUUGGGGGUAAACUAGUGUAAUAACAAGCAGGAUGUAACAAAUUAUUGCACUUGCAGAAACAUGUGAAUGUAGUUAAUUCCAUUUUGUUUUGUUUAAUAAGUAACUUUAAAUGUAAAGUUCCUGACUUCUGACAUCAAACUCAUUAGUUCACUGGAAUUUUAAAAUCAAGGUGGUCAGGAAUUUGAACCAGUUUGAAAACAAAGGGAUGAUAGCAGUCUGUUCCUAUCUAUAUAUAUAUAUAUAUUAAAAAAAACACGCAUCUUGUGUUGCCAUUUGUUCUAAAAUUACCUGAAUGUUCUUAUAUUUAUUUUUAUAUAUAAAUAAAAGCUGCAACUUCCAGAUUCCCUAGUUGUUGGUCUGGGCAAAACUAUAGCUUCAGAAUGUUACUUUAAGUCAGAGAUUCUAGCUGCUCUUGUACCAAGCCUUAAUUCAUAUUGAUGUUAAAACUGGAUUCCAUGAAAUGGGAACAUUUGGUGUACAUUGUAUUUUCAUGCUUUUAAUCAAAAUGUAAGCAGCUAGCCAAGCUUUGAAUGUAUUCCCCAAUUUUCUUUUCAAGUAGCUAAUGCGACCAUUUGAUAAGUACCAGGAAACGUAUAAAAGGCAAAUUACAUUAUUCUGUCCGAUCCCUGGUCAGCAUAUCCAAGUCUACAGUCACAUUAUUACUGGACCUGUGUUUUUUUUUAACAGAUUACUCUACUGGAUCCAGUGUUAUAUCAGAAAAUUCUUCUUAACCAAUGAACCAAAGCCCCAGUUAUAAGAUGGGCUUCCGUUUCCAGUUUCAAUAUUUAUAAGCAAAUUUAAAGAGUAGGCAAUUCAGUCAAUUGCAGUAUUUUUAAAUACUGUGACUGAACAUGGUUGGAAAAAGUGAGGUUUAUUUUCAUGUGAAGCAGGACAAAGCGAUAAUUAAAUAUUUAAUGCCGUGACAUAUCAGCAAUAUUAACAGAUGUACUUUGGGCAGUAGAGCCCUUAAAUGAUUCACUAGAUAACAUAAAUGACAUUUUUAACAAAGCUGCAAUAAGCAGAAAGCAUACAGGCAAAAUCGCUCUUAAUUUAUUGUUAUAACUGACUUCUCUUGCAACUCUGAGCUUCUCAUUAUGUUUUGUUAUGAGAUUUUAUAUCUUGUGUGUUUAUUUCAAUGAAAAUUUUAUACUUUAAAAAAAAUUACUUUUGGUGUAGAUUUUGAAGGCAUGAAAGAUGUAGCUUCUGUCUUGUUGCUUCCUUAGGGAGUGUCAUGCUGCUGUCCUUAAUAGUAACAUUUUCAGCUGUAACCUCAUUAAAUUUAAACAUUUAAUAAAUGUUUAAAGUAUUUAAAGAA